AUUUGAAUGCGGUGCGCGCCCCCUGGAGGAAGUUAACUUUCACUUCCACGCGCGUGACGGCAUUCUCUCCAUUCAUUGGCUGUGAAGGCGGAAGUGACUCGCAUCAACACUUCCGCCAACCUCAAUACAAGCACACAUCACCGCACGAAAACAGGUAUGGAGCUGGCCCACAGUCUGCUGCUGAACGAAGAGGCUCUGGCUCACGUCACUGAAGCCAAGAGAGCCGUCUUCAUCUUCGAGUGGCUCCGAUUCCUGGAUAAAGUUCUGAUCGCUGCUAACAAGGUGGACGUGAAGGAGAAGCAGAAGAAGCUCGUGGAGCAGCUGACGGGUUUGAUCAGCAGUUCUCCCGGGCCGCCCACCAGGAAACUGCUGGCCAAGAACCUGGCUGUGCUCUACAGCAUCGGAGACACCUUCACCGUCUUCCAGACGCUCGACAAGUGCAACGACAUCAUCAAAAGCAAAGAUGACACGGCGGCGUAUUUACCCACCAAACUCGCUGCAGUGGCGUGUGUCGGGGCGUUCUAUGAGCGGAUGGGCCGAAUGCUGGGCAGCUCUUUCCCUGAAACCAUCAAUAACCUCCUGAAAGCUCUGAAGAGUGCAGAGUCUCAGGGUCGAAGUGAGAUCCUGCUCAGUCUGCAGAAAGUUCUCAGUGGUUUGGGUGGAGCGGCGGCCUCCUGUCACAGAGACAUCUACAAGAACACCCGCUCGAUGCUCACCGACAGAUCCAUGGCCGUCCGCUGCGCCGUCGCAAAGUGUUUGUUAGAGCUGCAGAACGAGGCCGUGUUCAUCUGGACCACUGAACUGGAGAACGUGGCCACGCUGUGUUUUAAAGCUCUUGAGGGCUCGACGUACGGUGUGCGUGUCGCUGUAUCCACACUGCUGGGAACCGCCAUGGCCACGGCGCUGAUGCCUAAACAGGCCACAGUGAUGCGUCAGAACGUGAAGCGAGCGACUCUAGAGGAGGUUCUGGAGCUGAUGGCCACUGGCUUCCUGCGCGGAGGUUCAGGCUUCCUGAAGAGCGGAGGAGAGAUGCUGAAAGGAGCCUCAGUUAGUCGAGAGGUGCGAGUCGGCGUCACUCAGGCGUAUGUCGUGUUUGUCACCACUCUGGGCGGCCAGUGGUUGGAGCGAAAUUUUGCAGUGUUUCUGUCUCAUUUGCUGGAGCUGGUGGCUCAUCCACGCGCCACACAGACUCACGUGGAGGCCGUGUAUUCACGCCGCUGCCUGUCCUUCGCCUUGCGGGCGACACUGGGCGGUCUGCUGGGUGAGAAAGCUCAAAUAGCUGCUGCGAAGGAAAUCUGCCUGGCCAUCAGCAAACAGAUGAGAGCUGUGGAGGCUGUAGUGAACGACCCGAGCAGUGAGAGCCGCGCCGGAGCCGCAGACGUGUCGGCCAGUCAGCAUGUGAUGGUGUGUGCGCUUAAAGAGCUGGGCAGUUUGGUCCAGAGUCUGAGCGCUACAGCCGCCCCUCUAAUCCAGGAGCCAUCCAUCGGGUUUUUGGAGACGGUCACAUCUGUACUGCUGCACCCGAGCAUGGCGGCGCGUCUGGCUGCGGCCUGGUGUCUGCGCUGCGUUGCUGUCGCUCUGCCGUACCAGCUCACACCCCUGCUGGAACGCUGCGCCGAGUGCAUCAACAACCUGAAGAACUCGCCGGAGGCCGUGAGCGGAUACAGCUUCGCCAUGGCGGCUCUGCUGGGAGGAGUCUAUCAGUGUCCUCUGGGCAUCCCACACUCCAAGGGCAAGAUGGUGGUGAGUAUAGCUGAAGAUCUGCUGCGCUCGGCAGCACAGAACAGCCGUCUGUCUCUCCAGAGGACUCAAGCCGGCUGGCUGCUGUUAGGAGCGCUCAUGACCUUAGGACCAUCUUUAGUGCGCUACCACCUGCCCAAGAUGCUUUUGCUGUGGCGUAACGUGUUUCCUCGCUCUCAGAAGGAGCUGGAGGCAGAGAAGGCCAGAGGAGACUCCUUCAGCUGGCAGGUGAUGCUGGAGGGUCGCGCCGGCGCUCUGUGCGCCAUGCGCAGUUUUGUGGCACAUUGUCCAGAGCUGCUGACGGAGGACGUAAUCCGCAGACUGAUGACGCCCAUCGAGUGUGCCAUGACCAUGAUGUCUCAUGUUCCUGCAGUGAUCAAGGUUCAUGGAGCUCAUCUGAAGGCCAGCGCUGCCAUGGUGCGACUGCGACUCUAUGACAUACUGGCGCUGCUGCCGCCCAAGACAUAUGAAGGCAAUUUUAACGCUCUUCUGAGGGAGCUGGUGGCCGAGUUCACGCUGACCGAUAACUCUGCCAACACCACCACGUCUCUGCUGCGCUCGCUGUGUCAUUAUGACGACAGUGUGCUGAUGGGUUCGUGGCUUCAGGAAACGGAUCAUAAGUCUAUUGAGGAUCAGCUGCAGCCCAACAGCGCGUCAGGCAGCGGCGCUCUGGAACAUGACCCGUCCUCCAUAUACCUGCGUGUUCCUGCCGGCGAGGCCGUGCCCGGGCCGCUGCCAUUGGGUGUGUCAGUGAUCGACGCAUCCGUUGCUCUGUUCGGAGUCGUCUUUCCUCACGUCUCUUUCAAACACAGGUUGCAAAUGCUGGAUCACUUUGCUGAAUGCAUUAAACAAGCUAAAGGAGUCCGUCAGCAGGCCGUCCAGUUAAACAUAUUCACUGCAGUGCUGAGCGCUCUCAAGGGUCUGGCUGAGAACAAGAGCAGUCUCGGUCCGGAAGAGGUGCGUAAAUCGGCUCUGGCACUGGUGAUGGGCGCGCUGGACAACCCCAACCCCAUCCUGCGCUGUGCCGCAGGCGAGGCUUUGGGACGCAUGGCACAAGUCGUCGGAGAAGCUUCCUUCAUUGCCAGGAUGGCACAGCACAGCUUUGACAAGCUAAAGUCGGCGCGUGACGUGGUGUCCAGGACGGGUCACUCUCUGGCUUUAGGCUGCCUGCAUCGUUAUGUGGGCGGCAUUGGGUCGGGCCAGCACCUCAAGACCAGCGUUAGCAUCCUGCUGGCCUUAGCUCAAGACGCCACAUGUCACGAGGUCCAGACCUGGGCACUGCACUCUCUGGCUCUGAUCGUGGACUCCAGCGGGCCCAUGUACCGCGGUUAUGUGGAGCCCACACUAUCUCUGGUGCUGACGCUGCUGCUGAUGGUCCCGCCCUCACACACAGAGGUGCAUCAGUGUCUGGGCCGAUGUCUUGGAGCGCUCAUCACCACCGUCGGCCCAGAACUACAAGGUAACAGUGUCAGCAUCUCGACGAUCCGCUCAUCGUGUCUGGUGGGCUGCGCCAUCAUGCAGGAUCACUCCGACUCUCUGGUUCAGGCGGCAGCGAUCUCCUGUCUGCAGCAGCUGCAUAUGUUCGCUCCGCGACACGUCAACCUGUCCAGCCUGGUGCCCUGCCUCUGUGUGCAUCUGUGCAGCUCUCACCUGCUGUUACGGCGCGCCGCUGUGGCGUGUCUCCGGCAGCUGGCUCAGCGAGAGGCUGCAGAGGUCUGUGAAUACGCCAUGAGUCUCGCCAGGAAGGCUGGUGACGGCAAAGACAACACCACCAUCAAUCUGAACAUCACAGAGACGGGGCUGGAAGGUGUUCUGUUUGGAAUGCUGGACCGUGAGACGGACAGGAGGUUGUGCUCGGACAUUCACGACACAUUGGGUCACAUGCUCUCGUCUCUGGCUGUGGAGAAACUUCCUCACUGGCUCAAACUCUGCAAAGAUGUGCUGGCAGCAACUACAGAGGUUGGUGGGACUGUUGCGUCUGACAGCAGAAGGAAGGAAGAGGAAGACGACUCUAAGAAGGAUGAGAUGGAUGAUGACAUCAUGUUCACAUCACUGGGUCAGGAUGACAAGUCCAAACCGUCCGUGGCACCGCGCUGGGUUACGCGAGUGUUUGCUGCCGACUGUCUGUGCCGUAUCAUUCAUCUGUGUGAAAACGCAGACAAGGCUCACUUUGACCUGGCAGCUGCUCGCGUCGCUAAGACCAAAAACCCUGAAGGUGACUUCCUCGUGCUGCACUUGUGUGAUCUGAUUCGCAUGGCGUUCAUGGCUGCGACGGACCACAGUAACCAGCUGCGCAUGGCUGGUCUGCAGGCUCUCGAGGACAUCAUUAAGAAGUUUGCAGCUGUGCCGGAACCCGAGUUCCCUGGUCAUGUGAUCCUGGAGCAGUAUCAGGCCAACGUUGGUGCUGCUCUCCGACCAGCCUUUUCCCCAGACACACCCUCAGACAUCACUGCCAAAGCCUGCCAGGUGUGCAGUGCGUGGAUAGGCAGUGGUGUGGUCAGUGACCUGAAUGACCUGCGGCGCGUCCACAACCUGCUAGUGUCCUCUCUGGACAAGGUUCAGGCUGGCAAAGGCGCCUCCAGUCAGCUGUACAGCGAGAGCGCCACGACGAUGGAGAAACUAGCUGUCCUGAAAGCAUGGGCCGAGGUGUUUGUGGUGGCUAUGAACAUAAAGAAGGAGUCUCAGUCCAGGCCAGCACGUCCAGCUCAGGGUGAGGAUGAGGAGGUGGGAGAUGAAGGAGAUGUUCUUCCUCCAGACAGCCUGAUGACUUUAGUUCAGCCGGAGCUGCCGUCUCUGAGCCGCCUGUGGCUGGCGGUGUUGAGAGACUAUGCGCUGCUCUCUCUGCCUGCUGAGUUCUCCAGUCAGCUGCCGCCUGAAGGAGGGGCGUUUUACACUCCUGAGACUAUAGACACAGCGAGGCUUCAUUACCGUAACUCGUGGGCGUCCGUUCUGCAUGCCGAGGCUCUGUGGCUCAGUAGCACCGGCUUCGGCACUGCUGAAGACUCGGCGGAAGGCAAGAGCGCUUCCAUCACAGGACCUGGAGUGGCUUCAACUGCCGGCAAAAACCCAGAUGACCUAGUGAAAGACAGAUUGCACCUUCUUUUGGGCAUCAGCAUCGAGUUCCUGUGUUUCCCUCGGGCCGAGGAGCCCAUUGAGGAUGUGAUGUCAUGUCUGCACGCUCUCUGCACGCUGAUGGACUCACCUAAUGCUCGGACACACAUUGCAGAGGACCAGUUGCUGGCUGUGGAGCUGCUCAACGUGCUUCACCGGCUGUUAUUAACACGCGACCCGCAGAGCAUGCAGUUACAGGUGACGACAGUCGUGCAGAAAACCAUCCGUGCCGCCCAAGAGCACCUAGACCACAUCAGGAGCAGCAGGACUGUGGAGGACGCUGGAGGCGAGGAGUGUGUCUCAGUGCUUGGGGAAGGAGGCGACACCGGGGAGCUUCUUCCAGGAAAAUCUCUGGUGUUUGCUGCGAUGGAGCUGCUGGUUUUUAUUUUGGUGCGUCACCUGCCUCAGCUGAAAUCAGAGGGCAAAGAGAGCGUCAGGCAGAAGCCUCAACACCUGUGUGACGACAGCAGCCGACUGGUGGCAGCCUCAGUCACGGCCCUCGCUGAGCUGCCGUCACUCUGCUCACCUGCAGGAAGUAUGACCAUCCUGCCCACUGUGCUCUUCCUGAUCACUGGUGUGCUGAGAGAGACGGCAGUGAAGACGUCAGAUCACUCCGUCCCUGUGCCGGUGUCUGCGGCUCUGCAGGCCAUCAAAACCAUCCUGAGCUCACGCGCGGGGAGGAGUCAGACGCAAUGGAGCGCUCUGGUCCGGAGCAGUUUGGCCUCAGUGCUGGAGUUCUCGCAGCCCGAUGCAUGUGGAGCUGGUGUGGAUGAAGUCAGUUUGCUGACGGCCGUCACGUUGUUUCUGCUGUCGGCUAGCAGUGAGCUGAUCGGCGUCUCCGUCCUGCAGAAAGGCUGCAUUGAGCGAUUCAGACAUGGACUCGGUUCUGAAGAUCCCUGGACUCAGGCCCGCUGUUAUCAGCUGCUGCUGUCGGUGUUCCAGCACUCUUGCCGGAGUCUCUCUGCGCCCUACAUCCACACGCUGGCACCGGUGCUGGUGGAGAAGCUGAAGAGCGUUGAGCACCAUCGACCAUCCACACCUGCUGAACUACAGGCCGUACAGGAAGGGGUUAAAGUGCUGGAGAGCCUUGUUGCCAUGGCAGAGGAACACAACCGAGUUCAAUUACUGGCACUGCUGGUCCCGACCCUCAUUUCAUACCUGCUGGACGAGACCAGCUUCUCCUCAGCCUCCAGCAGCUCCAAAGGCCUGCAUGAGUUUGCCCUCCAGAACCUGAUGCACAUCGGCCCUCUUUACCCCGUCGCCUUCAAGACUGUUAUCGGGGCGGCACCAGAACUCAAGAUCCGCCUCGAGGCGGCCAUCAGAUCCAGACAAGCCAACAAUAAAGCCAAGGCCGCGGCGAGACAACCUCAGCCGAGUGUGCAAGCGGCGCCCACCAUCAAACUCAAGACCAGCUUCUUCUAGUCCAUCAGAGGCUCUGCUUUGAGUCAGACGGAUGUUUGUAUGAAGUGAAUAAAGGUUACAGUGACACUGUCAUAAAUCACAAGGGUCUGUUACAAGCAUUAGUGCAUCUUGUUUGUUUUUAUGGGCACUUUUGAAAUGCACCUUAAUCAAAAUUAAUAACUUCAUUUUGAAAGCUCGCAUAACACUGGUGGAAAUGGAAAUUCCCAUUUACCUGAGUAUUUCUGUGACCACAUUCCCAUGUUUGUUUGUUUUUGUUUGUUUUUACUAUGUUGCUUUUUAUUAUUUUCUAUAUGAUCAUAAUUUAAACCUCAUAUUAUCAUAUUUAUCACUUUUCCAGAAAAUUGCUUGUGUGGUUUUUGGUAAAUGAUGAUCAUUGUUUUAAACUGCUGUUCAAGAUUCUUCUAAGUAUAAACUACUUGACUUAUGCUGUGAAUGUCAGUGAAUGCAGCACAGAUGUGCUAAAUCUGUUUAAAUGUAGAUCGGUCUGUGAGUCUAUUGAAUAUUUUAGAUUUGCUCAAUGUUGGAGUUGUUUGAGCUUUUAAUAACUUAAUUGUAAUGUCUGCCUUUCAUUGCCUGUCAUUCAUUAAGUAAAAAUAUAAUUUAUGCAUCA